AUGUCUCGACGCACAAUGACAUCCUCGGCCGUCUUCAUACGAGACGGCAAAGAAUAUCUGGAGAUCGAUAACGUGAGCGACCAGGAGCUGAAGAAAGUCGGCGUUUACUUGUCAAUGAUCCUUGGCGAGUCUGGUAACUUGGUAGGCCUCUAUGUCGGCAGUAGAACUGGACAUCAGGGUGUUUACCAGAGAACCGAGGGUUACAACAGAGUUAAGAAGGGCGGCAAGGUCUGGAAGACAGAUGCUUAUUCAGCACACAUCCAAAUGGCACUAAAGCCAGGCUACACCUGGCAUAUCCGACCUUUAUUCCUGGCGGACAAGGCUGGUAUCCCGCCAGCAAGAGUCUUUGCACUUAAGGGCAUAUUUACCGACCUCCUGAAUACCAUAAGCUAUGGUGCUGUCAAGGAAACGCUAUCUUUCUGGUGUGCUGAGGAUGAGCCCCUCUACCCUCGCUGUGAGAUCGUGGCAGGAGAGGAGAAUAUAUCGUCCUGCAAGAAGUGCCACUACAAUUGGGACCAUUUCAAGAAAAAAUACCUGCUUGACAAGUCACCCGAAGUCAAGCGCAAGCACUGGACGCGCUUCGUAAAGCACCAAAAGAGUGGUCUCACCAGUGAAGUCGGCAACUUCAAAUGGACAGAGCAUGACUGCGAGAUUUACGGUGCCGAAGCAAACCGCACACCACCACCUGGUUACCCCAACAGGAACAACGUCAAGUUCUGCCUCAAGUGCUAUAACGCAGCAAAGGCCACUAAGAAAAACCUGGCCUGA